UCACCUUCUCAUCACUCCCCCUCUUAAAAAGUCUGCAGAUAUGGCCGUUACUUUCUCCGAUCUGCACACUGAGACCGGCGUCAAAUCCCUCGAAUCUUUCCUCUCCGGGAAGACCUACAUCUCCGGGAAUCAAAUUACAAAGGAUGAUGUGAAGGUUUACGCAGCUCUUUUGGAGAAACCAAGUGCUGAUCUCUAUCCCUCUGCCAGCAAGUGGUACGACUGCGUUGCUUCGACAAUUGCAUCAAGCUUCCCUGGUAAAGCUGUUGGGGUGAGCAUUUCUUCCCAAGCUCCAUCAGCAGAAGCCGCUCCUGUCAAGGAAGCUGCCAAGGAAGCUGCUGCUGACGAUGAUGACGAUCUUGAUCUUUUUGGUGAUGAGACAGAGGAGGAGAAGAAGGCUGCUGAAGCACGGGAUCAAGCAAAAGCAUCAACAAAGAAGAAAGAGAGUGGUAAAUCAUCGGUUCUUAUGGAUGUAAAGCCAUGGGAUGAUGAGACAGACAUGAAGAAGCUGGAGGAGGCUGUCCGCAGUGUCGAACUGCCAGGGCUUUUGUGGGGUGCAUCAAAACUUGUCCCAGUUGGUUACGGGAUCAAGAAAUUGACGAUCAUGAUGACGAUAGUGGAUGAUCUUGUUUCCGUGGAUACCCUCAUAGAGGAGCGCCUUACAGUCGAGCCCAUUAACGAGUAUGUGCAAAGCUGUGAUAUUGUCGCCUUCAACAAAAUCUAAAAACUCCGACCCCUUUUCGGUUUAUAUCCAGGUCCAUCUUUGUUUAAAUCAGCAAUUUUGCUUGGAUUACUUUGUUUUGGCUUUGUUUCGGCUUUGUUUCUAAUGUAUUUUACAUUUUAGAGUAAGCAUGGAUUCAUCAAUUAUAUCUGUUUCAUCUUUGUUAGCUUUUGAGUUAUUGAAUUGGAUGCUUCAAUUUGGUGCAA